AUGUAUAAGGGAAUAAGUAAUAGUAAUAAUAAUGACACUAAUAAGAACAUCAAUAACAACAUAAUAGCUAAACUGCAUUUUUCUUUACCAGCAUACUUCCGCCCUCAAAAGGAAGCUAAGAGGUUCUGCAAACAAAGUGAUGACUUUCAGUUCAAUAAGCAAAAGCACAAUGGGAUAAUGUCGGAAGGAGACAGGUCUUUCGCCACUGGUGAUGGGCAUUCUGUCUGGGAAGACCUCCAAGCAGCCACCAGUUUCCUGAGCAUCAACUUUGUUUCCAGGGUAUUUCCACAAAAUAAAUCACCCAACUACAAGAUUUAUUUUGGAGUAGUUAACAAGAGGAAUUUCAAUAAUAAGAGCUUUAAAAGUACCUGUAAAGGAAUAGCCACAAAACCUAAUCACAUCUCAGCAAAUUUAUUCUUGAUUACGUCUGACUCCUGCUCGAGUAACAGCCGGUCUUGUCUUUGCACCAUGGGUUCUGUGAUCAGCACAGCCUUCUUUCCCAUUCCUGUCACGUUGACCGCUCAAUGGCACAGUCUCGCCCAUAGACAUACGGGCACAGUCUCGCCCAUUGGCAAGACGACUAACCUAGCUCUCGAUGCCGCUGGCUCUGUCAUUACAACGGUGACUCUCAUGACCGAAUCCUGACGUCCACCUACAUGGUUCACUUAUGAAAACUUAUGCUACAGGGUUUUU